GUAGUCUACAGAACACGACAAAGCAGGACAAAUCAGGUCGCAUACAACUUCUUUGCAGUGGACAGACUUUUAAUUUUUAUCAUUACACAUUUGUUGACGCAUUCCAAACAUUUAUUUCGGUUUUACCGGAUUUUAGACUUACUCCUGGAGUGAAUAUUAAAAGCUGCAAGACAGCAAGAGCGCAAGUUUUACUGUACGAUUUAUGCAGUUUCCUCGACUUCUAGACUAAUCUUCAACAACAUGGGGAGACAUUCUGCAGGACCAACCCGUAAUUUUCGCCGCGAAUCCAACAUGCGUAGCGGAGAAUCACGCAUCGAUUUUCUGAAACAAGUGUUGACAUUCUUCAACGUUUUCUUUCUGAUUGCGGGAUUGGGAGUGUUGGGAGUGGGAAUAUGGACGGUGGUUGAUCGACAUAACUACACACCGAUCAUUCUCUCGACGACCUACGCUGUGGCCGCUUAUCUCCUCAUUGGAGCUGGGUGUUUGGUCCUUAUUACCAGUGCGAUUGGUUUUGUUGGGCUGUGCAAACUACGCAAGAGCUGGAUGGUUGCUUAUAUUCUCUUAUUGCUUCUGAUCUUCAUAUUGGAGGCGGCUGCAGGAGUUUUGGCUUAUCUAUACGCGGAACAAAUGAAGUCCGAUCUCAACCAUCGCUUAAAAGAAAUCAUUGCGAAAGAUUACGGAACGGAUCUUGCAAUGAGCAACUCCAUGGAUUCUUUGCAGAAAAGCUUUACUUGCUGUGGCUCUGCGGAUUAUUCGGACUGGCAGAACAGUGACUGGGGUAAUGCCGAGGAUCGACAACAUGACAAACUGGCGGAUUACAUUCCGGUGCCGGAUAGUUGCUGCAAGAACACAACUACUGCGUGCGGAUUUCGUAGCCAUCCGUCCAACAUUUAUUACGAUGUAAGUCUUGGAUGUACUUCAUCAUUCGCUGCCUUUCUCCGGGAGCGCUUGUACAUCAUAGGUGGAGUGGGAAUUGGCAUUUGCGCCGUGCAGUUGUUUGGAGCCGUGCUAUCUUGUUGUCUUGUUGCGCGCUUGAAAAAGCCAAAAGAGCCGAUUCUGCGUUAUGAUUACACGAGAGCUGGUUAAUUUGGAUUCUGGAGGAAACAAUUCGCUCAAACAUUUUGUUCCCGUAUGCCUUAACGCCUUGGCGCGUGAUGCUUGCUUGCUACUGCCAUCAGUAUCCGAAAAUUGUUGCUGUAGUCUGUGCUCGGUAUGAAUCUUUUGUUUCGUCUUUAUGGUGCAUUCCAUUUCUCAUUCCGAUUGCUGCCAAAUUCCUAUGGAUCUUUUAUGAUUUUAGUUUUUUACAGUGGUGAACUGGUGAAUGGUGCUUUUCGAAUCUCUAUGUUGUGGAUCUGUUUUAUUUUUUACUCGCCGUUUUUCCGGUGUCGUUUUACUUUUAUCUAAGCGGUUUUGAUUUGAGUUUUGAAGCAUGUUUGUCUGAUGGUUUUUUUUCGAAGUUAUUAUUGGAGUUUUUAGGAAGAAAAUUGUCAAAACAU